AUGACCCGAAACGGCCCCUCAACCAUGAGGCUGGCACGACCUCGGCGCGUCAAGAGGGGUGUCAGAGGCGAUGCUGUAGUUUUUGUCGUCUUCUCUCAGGCGGCAUAUAUUCUUGUGGACGACUAUACGGCGGCGAACUUCUUCAGCGAAUUUGAUUUCUUUUCGAGCGACGAUCCCACACACGGCUAUGUCAACUAUCUUGAUCGAACUGCCGCAAAAUCCCAGGGGCUAGCGUUCACUGCAAACAACGCUAUAUAUAUGGGAGUUGAUUUUAAAAACGUCGCUUCUGGAAGAGGGCGAUCCAGCGUUCGCCUUACCAGCAACAAGGCCUAUGACAGCGGCCUCAUAAUCGUUGAUAUCGAGCACAUGCCUGGAGGAAUUUGCGGGACGUGGCCUGCGUUUUGGAUGUUUGGGCCAAACUGGCCUAACAACGGCGAAAUCGACAUUAUAGAGGGAGUCCACGAGCAAACCAGUAACUUAAUGGCCAUGCACACCAAGCCCGGCUGCAGAAUAACCAAUUCAGGUGACUUCGCGGGCGACAUUUUGACACCUGAUUGCGAUGUCCAUGCUCCUGGACAGCCCGCCAAUGCUGGUUGCUCCGUUCAGUCCAAGGACACCGCAUCGUAUGGGGCUUGGUUCAACGCGAACGGUGGCGGAGUGUACGCCACGGAAAUAAGUGAAACUGCAGUCACCAUCUGGUUCUUCCCGCGAAACACUGUUCCGGGGGACAUUGAAACCGGAACCCCAAAUCCAAAGGCGUGGCCUAAGCCGAUGGCCAAAUUCCAUGGCGCAUGUGACAUUGCUGCCAAUAUCAAACAGCAGAAAAUCGUUUUUGAUACCACGUUCUGCGGCGACUGGGCUGGGUCUGUCUGGUCCACCAGCAGCUGUGCAGCAAAAGCUGCGACAUGCCAAGAGUUUGUGCAGCACAAUCCGACAGCGUUCAAGGAAGCGUACUGGAACGUUAACUAUGUCCGCUAUUUUAGCAACAAGGUUCCUGGGGUGUAUUGA